AUGGACACAAUAAGUCCCGCACGGGACAAACAGUCCCGCAGGGACACUUUGAGCGUUUCCGGGACUUCCGGAACAAAAAAGUCCCGUGUGGGACAUUUAUAUAAGAGAUGGGAGUCAGGUAAGGUCUUCAUUCUACAUCAUGCCUCGAAAGCGUAAAGACUGUCCGAUUUGUGGUAAGAAAAAUUUGUUGAAAUUAUCUAACCAUUUAGCAGGUGUUCAUGAACUUUCCGCCAAAUGUGCACCUUUGGACUUGGAAGUAGUUUUAACUGAAUUGUAUAGACUCAUUGGACGCAUGAUAUAAAUAGUGACGAUCAAAAUAUAUGAUUUCAUUUUCAACAUGUACUCCAUACAGUUAAUACACCCGUUUGGCCUUCUCGUGUCUGGGAGCACAAAGUCAGGGAAAACAACAUUUGUGAAAAAACUUUUGAGUUAUGUUAAUGUCAUGAUAGACAAACCUCUAGAAAACAUUGUGUUAUUAUACAUUGUGUUAUUAUACAUUGUGUUGUUAUACAUAACAACAAUAUCCUCAGUAAGUCGCUUAACAGAUCCAAAUUGCAUCUGAAUAAGUUAGGAUCUUCUACUUUAGCUAAAAACUUUAUUAGUUAUUUACAUAAUUUUUAGCCUAGGUAAAGUUCCAACUUUUUACAGAAAAAUUUCCGACAUCGAACCAAAAGAGCCAGAUUAUUCCACAAACAAAGUGUGAAAAUAGCAUUACAUUUUUACAAUCUUUGAAAGGAUUUAGAGUUGGGCAUUUAAACAUCGCUUCGUUAGUCAAGCAUGUUGAUGAAUUAAAAAUAUACUUGGAAAAAGAACCACUGGAUGUUUUGAGCAUUAACGAAACUCGUUUGGAUGAAACAAUUAGUACAGAUACUGUUAGUAUACCCGGUUACGACAUGGUUGCCAAAAAUCGUAAUCGGCAAGGAGGCGGUGUUGCAAUUUACCAUCGCAGUAUUUCGAACGUAAUUGAUAGAGAUGAUUUAGUCCCAGAGGACGUCGAGGCUGUUUGCCUCGAAAUUAUUAAGCCUAAAUCUAAACCUGUCUUAGUUGCAUCUGCAUAUAGGUCACCGAAUUCGCAAAUUGAAUUCCUUGAUAAAAUUGAAGUAUUAUUUCAAAACCUUGACAACGAACAUAAAGAACUAAUUAUCGUUGGCGAUUUAAAUUGUGAUUUUUUAUCCAACAAUUUAAGCAAUCACACUAAACGUUUUAAUGAUAUUGUUAAUAUAUUCCAGCUGACACAGUUGAUUGACCAGCCUACACGAAUUACCGAAAAAACAGCUUCUCUUUUGGAUGUUGCAUGUUGGAAUAAGUGACCAUAGCUUGAUCUACGUUUGUAGAAAAAUUUCGUUUGUAAAAAAUGAUCCCAAAUUUGUUGAGUCAAGAAAUUUUAAAAACUACAUACAGCGAGACUUUAACCAAGACUUAUACCAUGCUUUAUCUAAUUUAAAUUGGGAGAUAAAUGAUCCAAAUAUGCUUUGGGAGAACUUUCAAACAACAUUCAAUUAUGUUGCUGACAUUCAUGCUCCACUUCAAAGCCGUAAAGUUAGAAACAGAAAGGCACCGUGGCUGACUGAUGCAAUUAGGAAAAGUAUGAAUCGCCGAGAUUAUCUCAAGAAGAAAGCUAUUAAGACAAACUCAACUGCAUGCCACAAUGCUUACAAAAGUCUUCGCAAUGAGAUUAACAAAAAAAUUAUGUAUGCAAAGCGAGAUUAUUGCACAAACUGUGUUUACAGAAACAGAAAUAAUACAAGGCAAAUGUGGAAACAUAUGAAUCAGUUAGUUAAUAAAAAUUCUAGAUCAACAAAUAUAUCAGUACUACAAAUAGACGAACAGGUUAUUACUGAAAAUGAAACUAUAGCUGAUUUGUUCAAUGAAUAUUUUACUGAUAUAGGACCAAAUCUGUCGAACCAGAUCACAGAAACUAACACUGAUUUUAAACGUUAUAUGAAAUUUAAAACUCAACAUAAGUUCAAUUUCGAAAACAUUAAUAUCAAUGAAGUGUUAAAUGCACUGGAGAAAUUAAAGACGUCUAAGUCAACUGGACAUGAUAAUAUCCCAGCCAAACUUUUGAAAGAUGCGAGUGAUACCGUGGCGCCUUUUUUAGUAUUUAUUUUUAAUACUUCACUCAAACAUGGAAUUUUCCCUGAUAAUCUUAAGACUGCAAGAAUUUCUCCAAUUCAUAAAUCUG